GCAGCUCCGCAAACCAAUCAGAUUCCCAAAGCCUGAAACUGUGGGCCCAAAAUUUAAACUCUCGACAGUCUCUCUCUCUCCCCUCCAUUUUUUCUGGCUCUUCCUCUGCCUUGUAUAUCUCUCUCUGAUUUCUCACACCAUAGAACCCCUAGCAAAAACCCUAACCCUAAAUUCUUAAAUCCUGUCUUCCUUACCGCAACAAAGUAUGUCCAAAAAGAAACUCUCCCAUCUCUUUCAAAACCCCAACCAAGACAUCCCACACGAAGAUUCGCGCACACCAGCCCUGAAUCGCCAUCAAUCCUCCAUGGAAGACCCUGAAGAGAAGAUCCAGCACUUGAAAUCCCUCAACUCUAUGCUUCUCAAAGAGACACUUGAGCGCAGGCAGCAAAUUGAGUCUUUGGUGCAAGCUAAACGUGGUUUAGAGACUGAGUUAACUCGGACUAGUAUAGAGAAGACAGAUUUGGAGAAUCUGCUGACUCGGUCAACUGAGGACAGACUGAGUUUGGAGAUAGAGAAGGGGCUGUUUUGUGUUUUUAUUGAGACGAGGAUGAAUGAGAUGGGGGUUGUUGCGGAGGGCUUGUUAAGAGAAAAGGGAGAGAAAGAGAUUGAGAGUGUCUUCUUGAAGACUGAGGUGAAUGGGCUACUGGAAAAUCUUGAAAAUGAGAGACAGAAAUUGAGCUGGGCUUGUCGGGAUAGGGAUAUGUUGAGGUUUGAUCUGGACAACUGGGUGAACGAGGCAAAUGGCUUGAGGGAGAAAUUGAUUGAAAUGGAGGAGAAGGAAAGAAAGACUGCGGAGGAUAUUAGGAUAUUGAAGGUGCACUAUGCUCAGUCGAUUAAGCAAAAUAAGGAAUUAGAGGAAGAAAUUGAGAAGGUUAAAAAUUUAACGGAUUUUGCUGAGAAGAAAUUGGCAGAGAAAGAAAAAGAGAUUGAAGAUUUAAACAGGGAGAUGGACGAUAUUGUAAGGAAGAAGACUGAGAUUGAAAUGGAGAACAGCGGGCAAAAGGUUAAGAUUACUGGCUUAGAGAAAUAUGUUUCUGAAUUGAAUGAGAUUAUAUCUAGUUUACGUGGGGAGGAGGGUGUUUUACGUGAAAAAGUCUUGGAGUUGGAGAAGAGCUGUCACGAGGCAAUAGAGAAAGCCAAGGUGAUAGCAAUGGAGGUUGAUGUGUUGAUGGAAGAGAAGCAACAGAAGGACAUAACCAUUGAGACGUUGAUGGAGGAAAUGCAUUCAAGUGACAAUAUUAUAAAGACUAUGAAUAUUGAGGUGAAAGAUAAGGAUGGAUUGAUUGAGAAAUUAAUGAGAGAGAAAAAAGAGACUGAUGAUGUGAAGGUUAGUAAGGAGAGUGCAAUUGCGGAGUUGCACAAGGAGCUGGCUGGAUUAAGGGAUGCUACGUCUGCAAUGCAAAAAUCCAUUAAAAACCAAGAAGACAAGAACAAGCAACUUGCAUCUGAGGUUAGCCAUUACAGAGAUGCUUUUGAGCAAGUGAGACUUGAGAGGGACAAAGCCCAGGUUGAUUUGGAUGAGGAGAAAACAAAUAGCAUUAGUUUGAGCUCUAAAGUUCUGGAAAUGAAGAAGAGGAUUGAAGAGACUGUAAAAGAGACUGCAAAGAAGAAAAAAGAGCACGCAGGUCUUUUCGAGGAAAAGAAGGAAAUGGAGCGCCAAGUUGGUUUGUUGAAGAAGGAAAAGGACUUGAUGCAAAAGAAUCUUUAUGAGGCACAACAAGAAAUUGAUGAUUUGAGGAGUAAAAUGGAAUCAACUGCCAUUAACUCAGAAAGAGCGCUGUCCAUGUUGAAGAACACUGCAGCAUCACUAGGUCUAUCAAAUGAUGGAAAGGAAGAAGUGAUCAUUAUUGAAAAGAAGCUCGAGGGUGUAAUUGAACCAUAUGAAACAGAGCUGGAAGUUAUCAAAGAUGCAUUUAGAAACAAGGAGACUGUGGUGGAGGAGAUGAAGCAGCAAGUGAAAUUUUUGCAGAAUUCUCUGGCAGAUGCACAUAAGAAGAAGAAUUUAUGGGCUAUAGUGUCUUCAGCAGCAACAUUUUUGGCUGCAGCCUAUGUUGCUUAUGUUGCUAAAGUACGCUAAGCAUCUUUGUUUAUUUGUCUGACCUUUGUUUCUAGGCAAGGGGUUCUUCCGACAACAGCAGAUUAUCAAGCAGGGGAUUUUCAAUUGAGAUUGCAGCCUCAGACAAGGUGGUUUUUUUUUUUUUUUUUGUAAUUGUUGUUGUUUUGUAUGAUCCUAGUGUUCUAUGAGACAUUUUGUAUUUUGGGGUGAUUUCUUACCCUUUUGCCAUUAAACAUCCCUUAGUCUA